UCGUGAACGCCUCGCUGCCCGCCGUGCCCUACACCAAGGCCGUGGACGUGUGGACGGGCGGCUGCCUCUGGUUCGCCUUCUGCGCCCUGGUGCAGUUCGUGGUCCUGGAGUGCACCUGCCGGUGCGGCUACCGCCCGGCCCGCGGCCGGCGACGCGGAGAGGGCCGCGGCUGGAAGGUGGUGUGGUCCCUCGCCAACGAGGUGCCCAGCGAUCAGUCCACCGCCUUCUACGAGUCGCUGCAGCACGAGGCCUCGCGGGACCGCAUCGCCGUCCUGGAGUGCUCGCCGCCCUCGUCCUCGUGCUCGCCGUGGUUCUGCCUGACCUGGUCCGAUCGGGUGGCGCGGCUCGCUUACCCCGUGCUCUUCGCCGCCUUCGCCGCGGCCUACUGGCUCUCGUACGCCGUCGCCUGACCAACAAAGCAGCGUGUGUAUCCCGCGUGGGCGGCGAGGGACCGAGAGCCUCGACUGGUGGACACCUUAACUGUCCCGUAGCUGUAGCAGUUUGGUAGAGUGUUUUGCGAAAAUGAGAGAAUAGGGUUCCGCCGGAUUCCGCAGUGUAAGAAAGAAAAAAUAAUUAAAAAAUGAUCUUUUAAAAGUCUA